UGUGUGUGUGUGUGUGUGUGUGUGUGUGUGUGUACGUCUAGAAGGUGUGUAGUGUCAGAUAUAAUUUACAAUAUGUGCAAUCAUCGCCAUCUUAACACGUCCUGUCACUGUUCACCCUUCAAUUUUUUGUUUCUAAAUGUUGUGUAGUGGAAAUAAUAGAUUUGUAUUUCAAAAUGGAUGUAGGUUAUAGCAAUUCUUUUAUUAGCUGCAGUAAUUGGCAGUAAUACUCCGUGGACACUGAAUAUUCAUUUUUUUAAAUAGUUUUAACAGAAGGAACAAUAUCAGGAACUAACUACCUUCAAUUAAUAUGUCAGAAUCGAACACCGCACCGACUCGCUCGUCAUACCGUGUCGUUUUGCUAGGCGACCAAGGUGUGGGAAAGUCCAGCAUCUCCCUCAGAUUUCUCAGAGAUGAAUUCCACGAGCACAAUGCGCCGACAAUUGGGGCGGCGUACUUGACACAAACUCUCAAGGUGGGUGACAGAACGGUAAAGCUUGACCUCUGGGACACUGCCGGACAGGAGAGAUUCGCUUCUUUAGCGCCGAUGUACUAUAGGACAGCGCAGGGCGCCAUUGUGGUGUAUGAUGUUUGUUCCAAAGCUUCAUUUGUCCGAGCCAAAGAUUGGGUCAAAGAGCUCAAGACACAGGCCCCUGCUGGAACUAUCGUCAUGCUGUGUGGCAAUAAAAUUGAUAUUCCCGAUGGUAGGGAGGUCUCCAUCGAAGAUGGUGUGCAGAUGGCCAAAGACAAAGGUUUGAUUUUCGCCGAAGUGUCUGCCAAAUCUGGCCAAGGUGUUAAAAGUAUUUUCCAGGCUAUAGCUGAGAAAAUUGUAGCUAAGGAUUCUCACUCUGCCAAUUCUGCACCUCCGCAGGAUAAAGGCAUUCGUCUGUCGUCCAAUGAGAAAGCAUCAUCAGGUUGCCGCUGUAGUUCACAGCAAACUGCCUAGUUCUUGAAGUUUAACAGGAUACUUUCAUUGUAAUAGUUCUAAUGUGCAAUUUACCAAAAAUUGUUGAUUGAAACAUUAUGUAAUAAGUAUUUCAUCAUCGAUGGAUGAGUGUUAGUGAAUUUGUGAACAAAUAAACAACAGGCAAGGCCAUUAGUAACAAAGAAAGAUUAAUGUAUAUGUCAAUGGUAAUACGUGACUUUAAAUAAAAAAGGGUCACAUUUUAACUUCUGCUGUUUGUAUUUUAAAAAAUUUUUUUUUUACUCUAGAGUUCGCUCUCCUUGCCUAUUAAUAUUAGCAUUCUUGGUUUAAUAGUACCGUGUGCAAACCAUUGUUGAUUCUUCAUUACAAGAUGUAGAUUUGUGUAAGAAAAAGUAUUAAUAUUUUUGAGUUUUCAAUUUCAUUUUUAAAUGAAUGUCGGAUGUAGAGUACAAUUUCACAUGAAAAAAACAACAACAUAUUUUCUUGAGAAGAAUUAAUGUCGUGACAUUUGUGUUUUAUGUCGCUACUAUGACUUUAUAUGUUGUUAUACAAGUGUCAUAAUAUUUUAACCAAUAUGCUUCUCAUAUUGUUUUCUUAGUAUCAUGUCAUAUUUACAGAAAUUGCUUUCAUAACCAGCAUGUGUCAAAUGCGUGAGUGUGUCAGAUCUCUAGUCUUUCAAAUUUAUGUGAUAAUUUUUUAAAAAAAUUACACUGCAAUAUUUUUAACAAAUACUCUUCAUUCGAACAAUAAAUAUUUGUAUAUUUUGUUUAGGAUAUCUUACCGUAUUUAUGGAGCUCAAAGCUAACAAUGAAAGAUGUUUCUAAAGUUAGCAUUCAUUGUGUUAUAACUCAGAGUUGAUCCCUUGUAUCGAAACAAUUUUUUAAAUAUUUUCUUGACCACGAAUUUGUAUAUAUUUUGCAUUUUCCUUGUGUGGCUGAAAGCAUACACCGCUUGGAUAUAUAUCUGGGACUCUGGAGUUUGAAAUGCUGCCCGCGUUGGGUUAUAUUUGCCGAGUUACAAUAGACACAUUACGAAACAACGAUUGCACCAAAGCGAAACGAAAUAUUAUACACACGUUGUGCCCACCAUUUUGUUCUGUGCACAGAUGUAUUCAAUAGUGGUAAAUGUGUACAUUAUUCAACAUUUUUUAAUGCACUUUUUAAUGAAUGACACAAAAGUAAGAUUUUUAGUUACUUUAAAAAAUGUUCAAAUAUUAUCUAUUUAAACAAAAACAUUUUUAUAGAGAUAUAAUCGGUAACAGUAAUUUGUGUAUUAAAAAGGUAAGGGAAUAGUAUACAGUUUACCCGAAAAUGAACAAUUACGUGAAACCCAAUACAAUGUUUUAAUAUUGUCUAUAAUGAUGCUAAUGAAUAUAAGAACAACAGCCUAAAUUUUGCUCAUGUCAAAAUAUAAGAAAUGUACUUUCUAAAAAUUGUUGUCCUUUCACUUUACCAUCAAUUGUUUUUUAUCAAAAUUAUUAUUAUUAUUAUUAUUAAAUUGUGCAAUGCUUUUAUAAAUUUCAA